GCCGUUGCUUCUGGAAUUACUGGAGAGACAAUAGUAGCUGCAACUGUAAGUUUGCUGAGCCCGUCUUUGUAGAGACCUUGAAUAGCAACGGUAUCGAAGAGGAGGAAAUGACGCGCGAAUCGGCAGUGUUCGAAGACGAGAUGCCGUCAUCGCCAUUUGUGAAGACGCCGACAAUGAGAAGCCGCGCUUAUAGCGUGAGUGCGAAGAGACUGCAGGCGAAUAUUGGCGUGUUGACCAGUGGGGGAGAUGCCCCCGGAAUGAAUGCUGCAGUGCGGGCGGCAGUGGUCAUGGGCAUAUCACUAGGGGCCAAGGUCUACUUGAUCAGAGAAGGUUACCAGGGUAUGGUGGAGGGAGAAGGGUUCAUUGAGGAGGCGAGCUGGUCAAAAGUCAGCGACUGCAUGCACGUCGGCGGCACUUUUAUCGGAACUGCAAGAUGCAAGGAAUUCCGCGAGAAGCCCGGGAGACUGCGUGCUGCUCGCAACCUCAUCAACAAAGGCAUCACAAACCUGGUGGUCAUAGGAGGAGAUGGAAGUCUGACUGGGGCCAAUUUGUUCAGGGAGGAGUGGCCUACUCUUGUUGAGGAGUUACAUGAGAAAGGUGAAAUUACAUCAGUGCAGAAGGAGUACAACUCCCACUUGCAAAUUGUGGGCCUGGUGGGGUCCAUUGACAAUGACUUCUGUGGCACAGACAUGACCAUAGGGGCGGACACUGCCUUACACAGAAUACUAGAGUGUGCAGAUGCACUCAAGACCACGGCGCUCAGCCAUCAGCGUACCUUCGUGCUGGAAGUAAUGGGCCGUCACUGUGGCUACUUAGCCCUUGUUGCCGGAAUAGCCACAGCUGCGGACUGGAUUUUUAUUCCAGAGGACCCCCCUGAAGAUGGGUGGGAGGAGGCGAUGUGUGAAAAAUUGAACCAGGCGAAGCAUAUGGGACAGAGACUGUGUAUUGUGGUCGUGGCCGAAGGAGCCACAGAUAGACACGGAAAACCAAUUUCAGUUAAUGAUGUGAAAAAGGUCAUCACAGAUCGAACUAAUCACGACACCAGAGUCACAAUCCUUGGACACGUGCAGCGAGGAGGCAGCCCGUCUGCAUUCGACCGCAUCCUCGGAACACGGAUGGGAGCGGAAGCCAUAGCAGCCUUGCGCGACUCUACUCCGGACACACCAGCUUAUGUGAUUUCUAUUUCGGGCAAUAGAGAGAAACGGGUGCCACUUAUGGAGGCUGUGUUGAAGACGCAAAGUGUAGCGAAAGCGGUGGAUGAGUUCCGCUAUGCGGAUGCUAUAGCACUGCGAGGCAAGAGCUUCCAGAACAAUCUAGAAAUUUACAGAACACUCAACAACCGCAGCAUACCUGAAAGAGCUACUUCAGUUACCGAUCGAAAACUUUCAACGGAAGAACAACUAUUUUCCAAGUUCGCGCCUGGCCAGGAACGAACCCAGGCAGUUGCUAUAAUGAACAUGGGUAACCCUGCACCUGGAAUGAAUGCGGCUGUGCGAGCUGUUGUGAGGACUCUCUUCUAUGAGGAUAACUUCAAAGUCUUACUGGUGUCUGAGGGAUUCGAUGGACUCAUGAUUGAUGAUGUUGAGUAUGCCACAUGGAAUUCCGUGUCUGGCUAUCUGGGAACUGGAGGAUCUAUUCUGGGAACCAACAGGGACACCAAAAUACGUCUUCCGAAUGACUUGAAAAAAGUGUCUGUCAAGUUUGACGAGUUGAACAUCUGUGGACUGGUUGUCAUCGGCGGAUUCCAGGCGUUUGAGGCUGUGAAUCUACUGACCGAGGCUAGAGAAGACUUCAGACAGUUCUGCAUCCCCAUGAUAGUGGUGCCGGCCACUAUAUCUAACAGUGUGCCUGGCUGUGAGUUGUCAAUUGGGUGCGACACUGCUCUCAAUGCCAUCUGCAGGGCCUGUGACGUAAUCAAACAAUCAGCCCAGGGAACCCGCAAGCGAGUGUUCAUAAUCGAGACCUUCGGAGGCUACUGUGGCUACCUGGCAACUAUGGCUGCUAUGGCCUGUGACGCAGAUGACGCAUACAUCCACGAAGAGAAGUUCACGAUUGAGGACUUGAAGGAUGAUGUGUAUCAUAUUAAAGAGAAGAUUAGAUGUUCCGAUAUUCAGAGAGGACUGCUAGUCAGAAAUGAGAAUGCGAACGAGAACUACACUAUGGAGUUCAUGGAGCGAAUGUUGAAUGAAGAGGGCAAGGGCGCCUUCUCUUGUAGAUCGAGUAGACUGGGUCACAUGCAGGAGGGACACCACCCUACUGUCUAUGACAGGAACUAUGCCUCCAAAAUGGGAGUGAGAGCAGGCCAGUGGAUGGUCAGACAGAUCAACGACUGCACAUCUGUCGAUCAAUCGACUGUACUGACGAUCACACCCGAAACCUCAGUAGUGCUCGGGAUGGUCUACGGGAAACUGGAGUUCAUCCCCAUCGAAAAAGUAGCCCAAGACGCCGACUUGAAACUGACCAGACCCAAGACCCAGUGGUGGAUGCGGUUGCGUCUCCUCAUCCGGGCACUAGCUAAACAUCACUGCUUCGAGCUGACAGAUUCCUAAAAAAACGGUUGCCAAGAACUUGACUGAUUUCUAGGAACUUGACUGGUUUCUAGGAAUUGACUUGUUUCUUGGAACCGGGCUGUACCUGUUAUGCAGGAUCUCUUAGUAACUUGCCGAACGACAAACAAGGAUGAAAAUGAAACAAACUUGGUAUUAGUUUGUAAACGAAGUUUUGAUGCUAUUUGACGUUUAAAUUCAAAUUUUUUUAAGAAAGCAGUUGGUUUACCUAUAGCAUAGUAAUUUUUGUCUCAGAAUAGAAGCGCAGGUAGCUCACAAAAAUCUUUGUAAACAAUAUAAAUCUAUGUCUUGACGGAGCUUUCCAUUUGAAAACAGCUCAGGUGAAAUAAAAGUCUUUUGAGUCGCGAAACCUAAGAUCACUUUUUUUGAAUUUCAACAUCCUAUCAUCUCUAAAACAUGUAUUUCGCGUUCAUAAAUUGAUUUAUGUCAUAGCUAAAUGUCGAUAUUAAUUGUUUUUGUUAACUUGAUUGUUUGUUCGGUGCUCUAAUUUUUGAAUCCAAUUAAAUUUUUUCAGACCGUAACUAUUCUGACAACUAAACUGCUUAGUUUGUUCCAAUCGAAAGUACUGCUCUAGCGAAACAAAGCUAAUCAGGUUUUGAAUUUAAAUUGAAUCAACUAAUUAAUUUAUUAUUUGCCAGCUCUACCUAGUGAAAUUCACAUUACAAGUCUAUCUUCCUUUCUGUAGUGCUUUUGCUGUUUGCAGUACUAAUGUAGAUAAUGUAAAUACAACCAUAGAAAGACUCUUUCCCAUUAUACAGCCCAUUCUAGCGGCUUUCAUUUUUAAUGAUUAUGAAAUUUAAGGUUUUUGAAGCAUUUGAGUGUUCAGUAAAAUAUCAUCCCUAUGGCAUUAUAAGUCAUAUUGGAAAUUUAAAGUUCACGAUAUCGAAGUUAUGGCUUCUAUUUAGGAUAUUGAAAGGCUCUAAUUGAUUUUAAAAAUAAUGACCAGUGUAUAAUGGGAUCUACUUUACAAUCCCCCCUCCGAAUUUUCAACCAGUCAGAAAGCAGAAAAAUUUAAUUCUUACUAGAAAUUUCUAGUGCUAGUUUACUGUAUUUAUUUAUAGGGGUGGCGAUUCCCAAGUAGAUACCACAAGGGUGGGGGAAAUGUUAUGUAGAUCUUUAUACUGGGAAAGAGUAGAGAAGUUUUUGAGUUGAAAGUCGAAGAAUGCAAAACCGUCCACCUUUUGCAGUCAAGUUUGAUGAAGCACUUGCAGAAAUGAAUACUGCUUGGCUAAUGUUUGUUUGGAUUUUGAAAAGUUUUCUAUCUAUUGAAGUUUCAGUUAUAUAACACGUGCUUAUUAAUCUCGUAAUCGCAAAUCUCCAAAUUUCAAUACCUAAUUCACUUUAGAAAUCCAUUUAUACGAGCAAAAUUAAUACUUUCACAGCA